UCUUCACAACCCACUCAGCCAUGAGAGUCGUUGUACUAGCCUUGGCUCUAGCCCUUGUGGCUGGCCAGCACGAUAACUUGGCUCCUAGUUUUGCUCCCGGACUAACCUAUGUGUACAAGUACAAUGCCCAGAGCCUGGGAGGUCUGUCUGAACAGCACCUAGCUAAAGCCGGACUCAACUUCACCAGCAAUGUCAAGAUCAGUGUUGCCCAAGAAAACGUCCUCAUGCUUCAGCUUGAGAAUCCUCGGAUCUAUGAGUUCAGUGGUGUUUGGCCAAAGGAUUCCUACGUACAAACUCACCUCCGUGCCGACCUGGAAGCUCAUCUCAAAACCGCCAUCAAGUUCAAAUAUGACCAUGGGAUUGUGAGAGAGAUCCUGGCCCCAGAGAGUGUCCCCAUACUGCUGCUCAACAUCUUUAGAGGCAUCCUCAACUUCUUCCAGCUGAACAUCAAGAAGUCACAGAAUGUUUAUGAACUGCAGGAGGAGGGAGCCCAGGGCGUGUGCAAGACCCAGUAUGCCAUCACAGAGAACGAUAAGGCUGAGCGCAUCCUUUUGACCAAGAGCAGGAACUUGAAUCACUGCCAGGAGAAGGUCAUGAGGGAUAUCGGGUUGGCAUACACUAAGACAUGGCAUAAGUGCCAGGAGAUUUCCAAAAACCUGAGGGGAACCACAGGAUACUUCUACAAGCUGAAGGCAGCCCCAGGCGGCUUGAUCAUUGAGAAGGCCUCCGGAAAGGAAGUCUUCAUUCAGUUCACACCUUUUAAUGACCAGAAUGGUGCUGCUUCUAUGCAGACAAUCCAAACCCUGGAUUUCAUUGCUGCCAUCAAGGCUCCUAUUGUUCCCAUCAGUGCUCCGUACCAUCCACGUGGCUCCCUGAAAUAUCAGUUUUCCACUGAGCUUCUGCAGAGCCCCCUCAGGAUCCUUAAGAUGUCAGACGUGAAGGAACAGGUUGCUGAUGUUCUGAACAACCUGGUUGUCAAUAACAGAGACAAAGUACAUGAGGAUGCUCCUCUCAAGUUUUUUGAGCUGAUCCUGCUGCUGCGUGCUUCUGAUUUGACUGAACUGCGCAACCUGCUGACUACCUACAAAAGCAGACCUCUUGAGAGGCGGUGGUUGAUGGACGCCAUCAGCAACACUGGAACAAAGGCUGCUUUGGAGAUUGUCAUGGCUGAGAUCCAGAAGAGAGAGCUAUCUGUUCCUGAAGCCGCUCAAGUUUUGAUUGGAACUCUGCACAUGUUGAAGCCCACUGACGAGAUCAUCCAGAAGGUUUGGAGCUACAUUGAGCAGCUCUCACAGGAACAAGGACGCUACGAACAAGUUGUGCGCAAAGCUCUGUUCCUGGGCUAUGGUAGCAUCAUCCACAGACAGAGUGUUCAGAGGGCUGAGUGGAAUGAUCGUGACAUUCAGCGCAUCCAGUCAGAUUUUGAGAGGGCCUUUGCUGAGAAAAACACACAGGAGCUUGUUCUGUUGGCUAAAGUUAUGGCUAAUGCUGCUCAGCCUUGGGGCUACAAACCUAUUACAAAGCUCCUACCAAUCCAUGGCACAGCUGGUGAGCAACUGUCCCAAUCAGUUCACAUUGAAGCCAUCCUGGCCCUGAGAGGCAUUGCCAAACAGAAGCCCAAAGAGGUUCAGAACUUGGCUCUGCAGCUGUUUAUGGACACAACUCUGCAGCCUGAGCAGCGUAUGCUUGCCGUCAUGACACUCUUUGAGACCAACCCUUCAAUGGCCGUCAUGACUAAUGUUAUCAACGUUGUCAAGUCUGACAACAGCCAGCCAGUGAUCAGCUUUACUUACUCUCUCAUCAAGUCUCAGUCCAGAAGCACAGCUAACCCCUCAGUGGCAGCUGAGGCUAAUAUUGCUCUCAGACUCUUGGGCCAAAGGAGACAGAGCAUGAAGCUGAGCAAGGCUUUCAAAGCGGACUUCUACAGCCAUCCUCUGAUGCUUGGUGCUGCUGCAAGUAUUUAUUACAUCAAUGAGGCUGCUACCAUCCUCCCCAAAGCGGUUAUAGCUAAGACGAGUGCCUAUGUCGCUGGAGCUGCUGCUGAUGUUUUUGAGAUUGGAGUCAGAAGUGAGGGAUUCCAGGAGUACUUCCUGAAAAAGGAGAGCUCUGAUGUCUCUGAUAGAACCACCAAGAUGCAGCGCAUCAUUAAAGCUUUCACCAACUGGAAGUCUUUGCCAAUCAGCAAAUUGCUGGGCUCUGUGAAUGUCAAGGUUCUGGGACAGGAAAUCGCUUUUGUUGACAUUGACAAGCAGCUCAUUGAGGAGGCAAUGAGGAUUCGCUCUGAAAUUGACAUCAAGGAGUAUGGCUUAAACUUACUCCGUCACUUGUUCCAAAAUGGUGUCUCCGCACACUUGGUCAAAGCAGUGAUGCCCGCUGAGAUCAGACGUGUCAUGCCUACUGCCGCAGGCCUGCCAAUGGAGCUUGCCUUCUACACUGUUGCUGUCACUGCAGCAAAUGUCCAGGCCAGAUUCCAGGCCAACCUUCCACAGAACUUCCAUGUUUCUGACCUUCUGAAGCAGAAGACCAACAUUGAGGCUGACAUAAAGCCAAGCAUGGCCCUCAACACAUUUGCUGUGAUGGGAAUGAACACUGACAUCGUUCAGGCUGCCAUAGUCUCAAGAGCCAAGGUCCAGGUCAACGUGCCCGCCAAGAUAGCUGCUUCUUUGGACUUAGCUGAGAACAACUUUAAGAUCAGUGCUCUUCCAGUUCGCCUCUCUGAAAAUGUUGCAGUUGCUGUUGACGUUGAUACUCUGGCCAUUGCAAGACAGGCCAAACGGGUAACCCCUCUGAUUCCCGAAGAUGCUUCUCCCCAAGCAUCUUCCGAAACAUCUUCAUCUGCUAGCGCCUCCAAUUCUAGGGAGAUACUGGGUAACAUGCAGCAAGUUCAGGACAGGCCCCUUCCCACGACAAGAGUUCCCAGAUCUGACAAGAAGUUCUGCACUGUUACUGCUGGAGUGAAGAUCUGCAUCAACAUCAGCUCCAGCAAUGCCAAGUUCAUCACAGAUUCCGCUCUCUCCAGACUGGCUGGAAAGCACGCUGUUCUCGUGUCUGUCGAACAAUCUGAAAGUGACAAUGUCGAGAAGUGGGAAAUGGAGCUUCAGCUUGGAGCCAAGGCCGCAAACAAGCUGAUCAAAAACAUCAACUUGGACAUGGAUGAGGUCCUAGAGGGCACACCUAUUCUGUCCAAACUCAAGAGAAUCCUGAAUCCAAGCAUGAAAAACAACACCUCCUCUAGCUCCUCCAGCAGCUCCAGGUCCAGAGUUCGUAGCAGCCAUCCUUCCUCCUCAUCCUCCUCCUCCUCCUCAUCGUCCAAGUCUCACAUGGCCGGUAAAGUUAUCAGCACCAUGGGCAAAAUCAUCGGGGUUAACCAAAAGAGGAGCAGCAGCAGCAGCAGCAGCAGCAGUAGGAGUCAGCAAAACCGCAAGAGGCAAAGGUCCACUGUGUCCAGCCUGAGCUCUCUGUUCAGUGCUAGCUCCAGCUCCUCACAGUUUUUCCCCAAGUCUCAGCGCCAGAGCUCUCGUUCCAAAUUCCAGCCAAACCACCAGAAGACGACAUCCAAGCGUCACUCAGGAUCUGCCUCCUCUGCAAGAACCUUUGAGGACAUCAGGAAACAGAACAAAUUCCUUGGCAAUACCGUUGAGCCAGUUUUUGCACUGAUCCUCCGUGCUGUCAGAGCUAACAACAACAAUCCACUGGGCUACCAGAUCGCUGCCUAUAAGGAUGGAGACAGAGUUCAGAUGAUCAUGGCUGCCCUGGCUUCUCAUGACAACUGGAGGCUUUGUGCUGAUGCCAUUAAACUUAGCAAGAACAAAGCUGCUGCUAAAAUUGCAUGGGGAGAGAAGUGCCAGAAAUAUGAGACCAUGAUUACAGCUGAGUCUGGCCGUGUUCAGAACAAGGGACAAUCUCAAGAUGCAGCUCGUGUGAGAGUGGCCUGGAAAAGACUGCCCACUGCUGUUGUCAAAGAUGUCAAAAUGAUCUACAACUCCAUCAUUGCCCCUUACUUGUCUAGUGGCUAUCUGCAGAAGAGAUCAGAUGCGACCAGGCAGAUUUCCUUCACUGUGGUUGUUGAGUCUAAGAAACAGCUUGGCUUUAUUUGGAAAUCACCAGCAUUUGUCUACAGGAGUAAUGUGCCUCUUCCCAUCACUCUGCCAAUCGAUGAGCUGAAGGAAGUGCUGCCAUUUGAUGAAAUGCUUGACAACGCUCACUAUCUGUUGGCAAAGACUACUGGAAUUCAGUGCAGAUUUAAUGAAGGACAGCUUACCACUUUCAGCAAAAGACAAUACAAGAACUACAUGCCAAAUUCUUGCUACCAGCUGCUGGCUCAGGAUUGCACCGAUGAGCUUAAAUUCAUUGUUUUGCUGAAGAAGGAUAGCGCAGGCCGUUACAUGGUCAAUGUGAAGAUUGGUACAAGGGAUAUUGACAUGUUCUUUAAUGGAGAAAGACCAGCUGUCAUGAUCAAUGGAAAGGAAAUUGCCAGAGAGCGCUUGCCAUAUGACAGAGAUUCAGUGACGAUUCUGCUGAUGAACGGCAAGCUGUUUCUCCGUGCUCUGGACUUUGGCAUUGCUGAACUCCAAUUCAGUGCAUCAGAAGUGACGAUCAAUGUUCCAGAGUAUUUGAGGAACAAAGUCUGCGGUCUCUGCGGCCAAGGCAAUGGAGACAGGAGAAACGAUUACCGCAUGCCCAAUGGACGUAUCACUGAUAACCCCAUCAGCUUCGCCCAUUCCUGGACUCUGCCCUCUCAGAGUUGCAGCGAUGAGACUGAAUGUCGUUUGACUCAUGAGUCCAUUGAACUGGAGAGAGAAAUUAACGAUCACGGUGUGCCGUCUAAGUGCUUCUCUGUGGACUCUGUGCUGCGCUGUCGCCCUGGCUGCACUCCCACUAAGACCACCAUGUCCAGUGUGAGCUUCCACUGCAGACCCCUCAAUGACAACAGCCAAGUGUCAGAUAUCCGUAACCGCAGCAUUGACAUGACUGAGUCCGUUGAAGCCCAUCUUGACUGCAGUUGCACUUCUCAGUGUGCUUAGAUCUUGUCAUCUUAUAUUGUGUCUAUGUGUAAUUUUAACUAAAUAAAUGAAGGCAUCUCAAA